AUGCAGAUCUCCGUCAAGGUGCGAGCUUAGCCCGAGAAGGAGAGGGCUUCCAUUUUUUGCCACGGAGCGGUUCCAGGCGGCCUUCUGGUAAGCGCAAAGCAUGCGGGAAAGCAUGACCCCUCAGUUUUGGUGGCCACCUCGACUUUUUUUGUCUGGCGCUGUGUGCAGGCAGAUGGGAAGCGCUGAGAGGCAGCAAACGUGCUGCAUGGUGACGGCAGCUGACUGAAGACCCUCAUCAAGGCAUCCCCAGCAGGUGAGCUUCGCACUCCUGGGGAGGGCAAAGGCAGGCGAAGGGCAUGCGAUUUGACAGAUCUCUGACGUGUCUGCCUUUUCCUGUGUGUGGUACAGGCACGUCUCAGUGCCAGUCAUCACUGCCAUCGCUCCCCCAAUGUCGCGUUCCCUCGCCACCCACCACCGUCUGCUCACCCGAGCCCUCACAGCCCAUCCUCGCGCAGCAUGUGUGCCCUCAGCCCACCUGCUGGGCGCUCGCUUCGCCUCGUCCGAAGUGAGCAAGGGGGAGCUGACCCGCACACUGAGUCAGCAGUAUGGGCGGGAGGUCGAGCGCUUGCAGUCGCAAGGCAUCACGCGCACAACCAUCCUGCGAAGGACGGCGACGGGCGAGGGCUUCGAUGCGUCGAAAAUCAACACUUCCAAGGUCUUUUCACACACACAGACAGGAGUGGGGAUGCGCCGGCUCAUGUGUUGGUGUGUGGUUUCUUUGUUCAGUCGAGUGACACGGCAUACGCGUACCCGAGUGGCGAGAGCUCCAUCAUCCACACGUCGACCCAGACGCUGGGCGUGACGGUCAAGGAGCUGUUCAAUGUGAUCGUGCUGCUGCAGUGCAACAACCUCCACGAGAUCUGCCUGGGCAGCGAGUUCACCUGGAACGGCACACACAUGCUGGGCCGGUCCAACAACUCCAUCAGCACCACCACCGUCUUCCCCAACAGCUACGGCAUCACCUCAGCCCACUCGGGAGCGGACUCGCUGCUGUCCCGCUCGCAGAUGCUCGACACGUCCGUCGACAGCAACCGCGCACAGCCGCUGGUGGCGACAGGCAAGAAGCUGACGAGCACCAAGGGCGAGACGACGGCGCACACCUUCUUCACCACCACGCUGAGCACCACCCUGCUGUACUUCAUCAACGCCCGGAGCUACCUCUUCCGCACCAUGAAGUGACCAAGCGAUGGGCGAGGUUUACGGCUGGGAUGGGUGCAUUGUGUGGGACCGACAGGGAGGUGGAGGGGCUUGGAUAUAACUGCUUCUCGUAGUUGCGUCUGUGGUCGUGCUACUGCUCAGCUUUCAUGCCGCAUCUCAUAGAGUACGGCCAUGACACGCAUGGCCUCCGGGUCACGAACGGACCCGUGGCUUCUGGCUGUCAUGUGUCGCUGCGAUGAGGAAGGUGUGUUAGUGAGUCAGCAGUCGGUCGCGUUUUGACGUGUGCAGCAGGCACCGGUCGCUGUAUCGAUUCUCAUGCUGGAUUCAAUUGUUGCGAUGCCAUUCCGUCUGCUAGCCUGUGUUGUUGGCGGAUGAUGCAAUGGCCCGGGGUCAUUAGCCGCCCUUGGUUUUUGCGUCUUCCUCACGCCACACAGGCCAGCAGGACGAUUGGCGCGUGACAUGCGGAUGGAGUAUGGUGUUUGUCUCGCUAGGUACGGCGAGAACAGAAAAUGCAUUGGUCUUCUUGUCACGACUUGCACUUCUGUCACGACCUGCACACGAGCGCAUGAAUGCUUGUGUUGUCAUAGCGUAAGGAGGCAGCUGCGUGAGGUGAAUCGAAGGGACUGCAACACGCGUGACAGCAUGGUGCUCUGUGGUAAUGUUCGUUAGACGCAAGCGUCCUGUGAAGUUCUUUGCGCUCUCCGAGCGCCGCUG